AUGGCACCCUCAAUUCUGCGUCCACUUGGCCCUUUCUCACAUCGAAAUUGUCGAAAUGUGCCCGUUGAUGCAUCGUAUUGUUUAUGUGAAUAUCGAAAGGAGAAAAUUGAAGAUGAAGAACUUGGUCAUAGAAUGGCACAAUUUGUGAUCGAUGAGAUCAACGAGAUUUUCGUUGAGUUUAAUGUGACAAAACUUUGCACGCCGUUGACGUUGGAGAAAGUUGAAAAGGUGGAGAAAACGAGAAUAUAUGAGAUCUCGGUGAAGGCAGCGCCUAGUGGAGGGAAAUUUAGUACGGUGCUGAAGCUUGUGAACAACGGUGAUCUCCAGAGAAACGGUGACAUUCUCCGAUUGAACUCUUAUAAAAAAGCGGGUGAUUGUGUGGCGAGUUCAUUGCCAGAUUUGAGGCCAUUGUGUUAUUGCAGAGAACAAAAAAUGGAGAAAUCUGUUAGAAGAAAAAGUCGGAAA